AGAAGAGAGGUCUUCCUUUGCCGUUGGUUCACCCUCCAAUGGCCACUGUGGCCAGUGCGCUGCGCUGAUCUGAAGCCAGGAGCCAGGUGCUCCUCCUGGUCUCCCAUGCAGGUGCAGGGCCCAAGGACUUGGGCCAUCCUCCACUGCGUUCCCGGACCACAGCAGAGAGCUGGCCUGGAAGAGGAGCAACCGGGACAGAAUCCGGCGCCCUGACCGGGACUAGAACCCGGGAUGCCAACGCUGCAGGGAGAGGAUUGCCUAUUGAGCUGCGGUGCCAGCCAGAUCCAGCAGUUUCAAUGAAGUCCACAAAUGUGAUGUGAAAUUGUUAAGUGCUGUAAGCUGACAGCCACAGUACCUGUAGAGAAAUGACUCCUAGGACACUGAAUUUUGUUAGAAAAAAAUACACACCCUGCUAAUGUUCAGAUCUGAAAUGAAGAAUGAGGUAAUUUUGUUUUUCCUUUGUAGGAUCCUGUGCUCUACAUCCUGGAUCAUACAUAGAAUGUUAGACCAGGAUGGAGCCAUAGCAAUGAUGGCUAAGCCUCUCAUGGGGCUGAAGAAGACCAAGGCCGGGCUGGAGUCGUGAGUGAGGGGAAGGACAGGCUGCCAAGACAUGGGCCUGGAGCCUGUGGUGUCGAAGUUCUUCACGAAUGAGCCAUCUCAGAUCAGAGAGGACACAGCAGUGAGGGGCUGUGGACAGGGACGCAUGCUAGCAGAACCGUGAGUAAGGAGGGGCCCUCACUGCAGACCAAGAUCUUGGUUCACCAUGGGCACCUCUUGGUUUAGCACCUUCCUCUUCGCUGGGUUACUCACAUGUCUGCUGUGUACCUGGCACCGUGUUAGGCACUCCUGGGGCAUGCCCCCACCCACCCACCCCCCUGCCUCGGCUUGGGAUUGCACGGUACAGAACAUCCCUCUUUGUCCUGCCAUCAGCUGGUCCUUUCUGGGGCAGCUCCAGGCUCACUGUCAUUCUCUCCUGCUCAUCACCUAUCCUAAGUCCUGCUGCUUCCCUGCCAUGUUGCCCGUUCUUGCAGAAAACACUUCUCAGGGCUUGGGUCCUCAGCCACUUGCCGGGCUCAUGGCCGAGCUGGUCAGCAGUGCCACUGUUGGGAGACUGGCCUCUGCCCCCUCCCAGUCCAGCCCCCCGUUCUCCAGGUCUGUGCUUUCUCCUUUAAAUGAAAUGCUCAAUAAUUAUGACCACCUCCUGGCCUGCAAAACCCUGACCUUGUUUAGGCCCAAAUCUGUGCCAAGCUGGCUGCCAAGGCUCUGGAGCUCCAGGGCUAGGGCUGUUAUCCUGCCAUGCACCCGCCUGGCCUCUGCCUCCCUCUCCUGGCCGACUGCUGCACCCCUUGUAUAUCCUCCUUGUUCCUCAGCUGAUGAACUGGCUUCCUACUCUUCUGGGUGCUUUUGUUUUUUUUUUUUUUUUCCCCCAGAAAAGUGCUUGCACCAGCUCCCCAGACCACACUACCCUGGGACUGUGGAGGGAGGCUCCUCCUGUGUGCACUGGACCCACUCGUGUCACUGUCUCCUAGAUCCUUCCCCAAGCACAGUCUGCCAAGUUGCACUCAUCUUAAGUGGUUUUCUGAAAUCUACCUCCCUGCCCCCCACCUCCUUUGUGACAGAUUUCUCAAAGGGCCAGCUGCACUGCUGCCUUCAACUUCUCUCCAGACCCCGAGACUGCUGCACGCCCUCCUCCAGAUCAUGUGUUGGGUCCCCUUGCGCUUUUGGCUGCCUGCCACAUCCCUCCUUUCUGCUCAUGGGCUUUGGUUCUUCCUGACUUCUCAGCCUGUGAGUGCUGGUGAGGCCCUGAGCUCCAUCCAUGGGCCUCUUCGCCUCUGCCUGCAUUCAUUCUCUGGUCAGGCUCAUCCGGCUUCCGCUGAAUGAAUGAAGCAAGAUGGGGCUCCUGCUGUCUGAGAAUCCAUAGAUCUCAGAAAAGAAACACCCCCCGGGUCAUUUGCUAAUUGCAUGUUGAGCUGGCCAGCAUGGACAGCAGACACUCUGCAGGGGACAGGGUGUCUGUCCUGUGCAUGUCUUUUCUAGCCCAGGCAUUUUCCUAGCAAGAGUCUGAGUUUGUAAGAUCUUUGGGCAGGAGUGCGGUGAUCACCUUUGCAGGAUUUUCCGACCUGCUCAAAACUAUGAUUCGGUUUCUACGUUAACUCCCUGCAGCUCACACCCUUGGCUCAUCUGUCCUGAGAUGGGACUGCCUUUUCAAACAAGGCGAGCCUAAGGAGUAACCAUGUGACGACAAAGCAGGAAGGCAGCCCUGGUGAAACAGGGGGCGGUGCCAUGCUCAUGCCCAGGGCGAAGGUAAGUUGGCUCCCACUGUGGCUGCCCCGACGUGUGGGCCCCGGGCUCCCAUCCUCCCACGGUGGGAGGCGGUGGCACAGUGCUCUCACCUGCUUC